UUCAAAAUGGAGGCGUAUUCAAAGCAGUGCGCCAAAUUUAAACUGUCAAGAAAACAAUGAGUGCAUAACAUAUAAUUCAUGAUGAAGAAGAAGACGUUCACUCUAUAUGAUGUCUUUGUGACUAUUUUAUCGCUGUUUACAUAUAUUAUUGAUGUUGGAUCAGAUAUUCUACUGAUUGUGACAUUCCUUCUUGAUGGUCACCAGAUAUGGGCUUCAAUAUCUAUGGCAUUUGUUGCCUUGUCAACAUUUCUGAUGCAGAUUUUCAGUUUUAGUUGGCAUGCUUCAGACAAGACUUUGACAUGGAAAACUUUUCUUAUCCAUACCCUAUUCCUGGCUCCAGCUCACAGGUAUUUCCAAGCCAUACGACUUGGGAUUCGAGCAAAACAAACAAAGAGUCGCCAGGACCUUGAUGCUGUGUUCCGUGCUAAUAACGAUAUCUGCCUACUGCGACUUGUUGAGUGUUUUGUGGAAUCAGCACCUCAGCUAAUACUACAGUUGUACAUCAUACUGCGGUACCAGCAAUUCAAUUGGGUGUUAGGCCUCUCUACUGUGCUUUCUCUGACAUCCAUGGCCUGGUCCAUGACAGCAUACACAGACGGUCUGCGCCUCGCUUACAAAGAAAGAUACAACAGAAAAUGGCUGAGCAUGUUAGCCCACACAACUUGGCAGACAGCGAUGAUAUCUGCACGUGUUAUGGCAAUUGUUGUCUUCUCCACGGUCUACCAGGCUUGGAUUUUCUUGGCUAUGGGAAUCCAUUGGUGUGUGAUGGCCUUCUGGAUCACACUACAGAAUGCCGACUUUGGCGAGACGGCCUGUGAGAAACGCCUGUUCAAUAGUGUAUCAGGGUUUAUUUACAUAUUUUGCUUCCUGAACCUGAAGGACAGCCGAGCGAGAUGGAGGAUACUUGCCUACCACGUAGUAGUCCUGGGGGAGAACUCCCUUCUGGUACUGCUCUGGUUCCUGGGGAAGCCAGACAAUAUUCCUGUGUGGAUGGAAGUCUCCACCAUUGCUAUUGUCUUUGGAGGAUAUGUUGUUGGCGGUGUGUUGAUGAUGGUCUACUAUGGCUGUUGUCAUCCAACUGGCCCUAAACCUGAACAAGAUAAAGAAGAGAUGGCCUACUGGUUCAGGAGGUUUGGUCCCAGGGAGAGGAAGCCAAAGGAGAAUAUAUUUGAAGUCCCCAAAGUACCGCCCCAUGUGGCUGACUGGCUGAACGCCUCGGUCAACCUCAGUUUGGCUUCAAAAGCAGACCACCUGAGUGUGUCACAUGACCAUAACCGGACAGGACAAUACGAAUACUCUCAGAGUUUAGGUCGAUCUAUGGAUGCUCGGAGCUAUGACAACUCCCACCUAGUUUCAUACCAAAAAUACCACGAACCCAGUACAGCUUCUACUCUUAUGGAGAGUGACGGUGACUAUACAACAAGGGAGUCGACCAAACUAUCCUACAUCAGUGCUUCUAGUUCCCGACAUCUCAUCGAAUCCUCCUCCAAUCUCUCUGUAGACUCCACCGACAGGUCCUACUCCUUCAAUAGAAACAGGACAAGCAGCUCUGCCACCACAGACCACCAUUACAACUCGUCCGAUCUGGAGACACCAAACAAACUGUUCACCAUCAGUGCCAUAAAGGAUGUGUCAGGGUCCUAUCUCACUCCUAAACACACGACUCAUGACAGCUUUUACUCAUCACCAGAGUUCAAAUCCAAAGAACUGUCGCCAUUGGAUGCCAAAAAAUUGUGGGAGGAGUCACAGGACAGAAUAGACCAAACAGUAGCACAGACUAUUACCAUAGUAACACACACUGAUGUGGACAGACGGAGAAGUCACUCAACCAUAACAUGGAGGAAAAACAGCUCGAUUGAGACUGAUACAUCACAGAAUUCUUUACAUGGAGAGUAUGAUGAGACAGAUGUCAACCGCUCAUUAUUUAAACAAACUCAGGUUUGUCAGGCAGACAGUCGUUUAGGUCUCACCACACGUUCUCAGUACCACAACAUAAACGCGCCACAGACACCAAUUCACGACAAACACUCCUCAGACAUCACUCAGAAACAGGACAGGUUCCAAAUUCUCAAUUCGUCUUAUAACCAGGAAGUGUCUUCAGGACGAUGCUCUGACCAGAUGGAUGGUCUAUAUUCUCCAUUCACCUCAAACUUAGUGAGUGACCGAAGUGAGGAUGAGCCUUACUACCAUUACAACAUGUCGGGGACACCUCUGGUUACAGAACAAGCCACCAUGUUUAGUCCGUGGUCUCCCUCAGGGGAAGACAACAUCCCUUACAUUGACGAGAGUGUUGUUGAUGAACAAAUUGACGGACAGGAUACUGGUCAGAAAUGUUCCAACAAUAAUGAGGAAUCUGUGUUAUCUGACUGGUUUGCUGAUAUAUCAUCACUUCACCACACACAGCCUGACCGUUUCUGGAUAUCUGACAUAAACCACACAUCAGACAACAGAGACGGGAGUAAUCCAGAUCUAUCUACAACAGUGAAUGAGUCAUCGGGAGCCAACCGUGAUUACACUGACAGUUCUGUGGAGCCAAUAAGUUUGUUGAGUACUUCUGACCAGGACAGGAGUCACCCACUGUCUGUUCCCUUCGACUCAUCCAUCAGUCUGUAUCAAUACAGUGACUUACACCAGGACGAAUCAAACGAUAAAUCUUACACUGACAAUCUGAGGACAAAGUCAUCACAUAUGACCUCUGGGUACUGUGGUAGUAAGGUUAACAUUUCUGAUGUGUCGGAUGGAGCUAGGUUAUCAAGGUCACAGAGUCGAGAGUCUGGAGUAGACAGGGGGCUUCAUUCCUCUAACAGCAGAUACAGUGAUACCAGUUACAUUGACUCCAUGGAUAACUCAUCACAGAGGGAUUAUAGGCCCCAUGAUAUCAGUCCUAUAUACUCUAAGACAGCCCUGGCACUAGAGGACAGCGGCUACCAUCGAUCAAAAUCCACUGCCUCAUCCUUGUCAGGUGCGAAGAUUUCACGGAGGAUCACAGUGUCAACAGGUCAAAAUCAGGAGCCAAUAAAAAUGAGUCACCAUCAACAGGAGAUUAUAGUGUUGGGUCAAGGUCAGCAGGGGAUCACAGUAUGGGGUCAAGGUCAGCUGGAGAUUAUAGUAUGGGGUCAAGGUCUACAGGGGAUUACAGUAUGGUCAAGGUCAGCUGGUAACUGCAGUGUUGGGUCAAGGUCAGCAGGAGAUUACAGUAUGGGAUCAAGGUCAGCUGUAGAUUACAGUAUUGGGUCAAGGUCAGCUGGUGACUACAGUGUUGGGUCAAGGUCAGCAGGGGAUUACAGUAUGGGAUCAAGAUCAGCUGGAGAUUACAGUAUGGGGUCAAGGUCAGCUGAAGAUUAUAGUGUGGGGUCAAGGUCUGCUGGGGAUUACAGUGUAGGGUCAAAGUCAGCUGGUGACUAUAGUGUGGGUUCAAGGUCAGCAGGGGAUUACAGUAUGAGGUCAACAUCAGCUGGUGACUACAGUGUGGGGUCAACAUCAGUAGGCCUAGAGAAUUACAGUUUGGGGUCAAGAUCAGCUGGAGAAUACAGUGAAGGGUCAAGGUCAGCAGAGGAUUACAGUGUGGAGUCAGGUGUGAACUGCUCUAAGCCGACUUUAGACUUGUCCAGAGAGGAAGAUCUCUUCACUAGAACCAAGAGUCUGUCAAAGAUGGAUGCUACAGAUAAUGAAUUGUAUCUAAGUUCUUCUUACAUGCCUGGAAUGGAUAUCACACAGGAUGGUUAUACCAAACAACAGAGUUUACAUCACGACCAAAUUGUACCAAAUGGAGAGGACAAAUCUGAAAGAUCUAAUGAUUCAACCAAUACUGAUAACUCCAGUACGUCUGUCUUUGGAAAUAAAUCUGCUGGAAAGAGUAGGAGGAACAACUCAGCUAGACCAACAUCAAGUACUUCUAGGAAACACCCAUCUUUGUUUGAUGCUUCUGUAGAUUCUGAAAACAAUUCUCUGUCUGUCACUAAAGGAUCACCUAUUAGUGUGUGUGAUAUGAAGAAGUCUCCCCACAGACUCGGCAGGAACAUCGACUUAUUCAAUGUCUCGAGCUGGAAAAACAGUUUAGAUAUAGAUGCAGAUGAAGGUUUCACAGGAAUCAAAAGCCUGCUGCAUGUUCCUCCUGUGAAAGUCAUUAAUAAACCUGUCCCCAUCACCAAUCUUACUGAAUCGCCGUACAAGUUCAGGCCCAGGAAACCUAACUUAGCCAUCACUCAGUUAACAGAAUCUCCCUACAAAUUCCGUUCCAAACCAAAUGAGGACAUUGGAAAGGUAAGGAUUCCUUCAGAUAAAGAAAAUGAUUUAUAUAUGCACCGAAACAGUGGGGUUACUCAUAGAGCGAGGAGGUCCUUACCAACGAAACCCCUGUAUCUGACACAGAACUCGGAUAAUAAAUCUAACACAGGGAGGAGGAAAUCGGACUUUCAAUCUCCUUGCUACAUGUACUCUUCUGAAGGAGAAACAGAGGAGGACUCUACUGGUCUAUCCAGAAGUUCGAAGGAUAGCAUGAGUCGACAGGUGUUGGGGGCCCUAGAGAACACCCCCGGGUUCUCCCCAAUCAUUGUGCCAGAGGAGCUACAUAGGGUGAAAAGUACAGACUUUGUGACUCAAGUGGUGAAACCUGUUGUAAGUACCCCUCUGUCUGCCCGCACUCUGAAGGGUAGCUUCCAACAACUGGCUACUCCGGAGGAUUACUGCUCCACUGUGGAGGUAUAGAUGAUAUAUAACCAACAAUCCAGUUUCUAGAUUCAACAUUUUAUAUUUUUCAUUUUAACAUUGAUAUAUGUACUAGUCUGCUGCUUAAGAUGUCAUAAAACAAUAUACACUUUCAGGAAAUAGUUAAUAUAAAACAGUAGAAUUUCACAUUAGAAUAUUGGAAUGCUUAAUCCAAUUUAUGCUGUAUAUCAAUCACAAACUUGUCAGCUAAUUACAAUUUUGGUAGGGGAUAAUGUGUGUUCAAGUCAGUGAAAUUCUGACUUCACUGACACACUGUUAUAUCCGAUACACCUGACUCGGUUUCACAGUGUUGUGAAACUCAUGUGACACUGCACCUCUUCUGACCAAAUCAGUGCCUAAAAACUAAACAUUUAAGAUCUCUCUAUUGUGGAAUAUUUGGAUUUUUAAAAUUACAGGUAAGAAUGAUGUUUUAUUGAUAACUUCUAUCAAAAUUUAGAUUGGGUGUUUACCUACCAAACAGGGAUGGUUAGGAAGUGUUUAGUUAAUACUUUACCUACCAACCCAAACAGGGAUGGUUGGGAAGUGUUUAGUUAAUACCUUACCUACCAACUCAAACAGGGAUGGUGGGAAGUGUUUAGUUAAUACCUUACCUACCAACUCAAACAGGGAUGGUUGGGAAGUGUUAAGUUAAUACCUUACCUACCAACUCAAACAGGGAUGGUUGGGAAGUGUUUAGUUAAUACCUUACCUACCAACUCAAACAGGGAUGGUUGGGAAGUGUUUAGUUAAUACCUUACCUACCAACUCAAACAGGGAUGGUUGGGAAGUGUGUUUAGUUAAUACCUUACCUACCAACUCAAACAGGGAUGGUUGGGAAGUGUUUAGUUAAUACCUUACCUACCAACUCAAACAGGGAUGGUUGGGAAGUGUGUUUAGUUAAUACCUUACCUACCAACUCAAACAGGGAUGGUUGGGAAGUGUAUAGUUAAUACCUUACCUACCAACUCAAACAGGGAUGGUUUGGAAGUGUGUUUAGUUAAUACCUUACCUACCAACUCAAACAGGGAUGGUUGGGAAGUGUUUAGUUAAUACCUUACCUACCAACUCAAACAGGGAUGGUUGGGAAGUGUUUAGUUAAUACCUUACCUACCAACUCAAACAGGGAUGGUUGGGAAGUGUUAAGUUAAUACCUUACCUACCAACUCAAACAGGGAUGGUUUGGAAGUGUUUAGUUAAUACCUUACCUACCAACUCAAACAGGGAUGGUUUGGAAGUGUAUAGUUAAUACCUUACCUACCAACUCAAACAGGGAUGGUUUGGAAGUGUUUAGUUAAUACCUUACCUACCAACUCAAACAGGGAUGGUUGGGAAGUGUUUAGUUAAUACCUUACCUACCAACUCAAACAGGGAUGGUUGGGAAGUGUAUAGUUAAUACCUUACCUACCAACUCAAACAGGGAUGGUUGGGAAGUGUAUAGUUAAUACCUUACCUACCAACC